CGAGAAUCCUUCAGCAUCGUAGCCGAAGCAUGGUGAGCCUGAAUGGCCAUGAACUGGAAUGUCCUUGUGAAACGACGCCAUAGUCUCUGUCAACGAACUGGAAGACGUGAGAAGAAAUCUUCAUCUGUCGCCUCAAAGUCGAGAAAAUCCCCCAGACGAGAACAUCGGAACCAUCCCCGCAGUGCUUAGGGCAACAGGUGACUCCUAGCCUAGGGGGGCCGGAUCGUAGGGAUGCCACAUGCCUGUCCGACUCGCGACGCAUCGAGCGCGUCUGUUUCACAGUCAAGAAAUACCUCGCUCAUAUUCCCAGCUUCCCUCCAAAAUGACCACACUCUUUUCUGACAAAGAUUCCCUUCGUCUCCAUUCCAUCAUGUCUCCGUGUUCAAAUAAAUUCCUGAGAAGCACUCACCACAAAGCGCCUUGGCCUUUGCACUUGAGGGGAGACACGCGGCUCUCCAAGACAUACAGGGGCCUAGGACUGGCCUGUGACUGGCCAAGCGCACUCAUUCAGCGGCUAGAUGCUCACCGCUUGCAAGCCCAAGGCACCAAGGUCAGUUGUUUCUUUGGCCCCCGUAUCUUUGUCUCAGCGCACGAUCACUGCGUCCGUCUACGAGUGCUGCCAUUGAUCUCACAGAGGCCACCUCAAGUUCUAUGCCCAAAAGAAUGCCACUUCCAGGGGUUUGCCAUAUUACGGACUGUAUAUCCGGCCUGUGCCUGGAGGUAUGCUCAGCAUGCCCCAUUUCCGAGAGAAUUCAGACGCAGGUGGUGCAGCCUAAUGCACAUGCUCCAGAUACGGUGGACCGUUCCUGCUCUUACCGCUUUCCACCAGCGAGAAACUCACUCCCCCAGGCUGUAGCUUUGGGUAGCUUGCACCAUCUCCGUUGCAAAACCACACAGAGAUGGUGCAAGCACAUCCUCAUGUUCAGUUGUGGUAACCGAGGUUUUGUUUCUUGUACCUUACAGCAACAAACUCACUCCCCUGGUCCGUGUCUGGGAGCCAGCCUGCACCAUCUCCGUAGAG